AUGGAUUAAUAAAAUCAUUUUAAUUAUUUAUUUUAGUAAAAUAUUGACUAAAACCAAUUUUAUAAUCCAUAUCCACCAUUUUAAUAAUAAUUUCAACAACAGCCAUAUUUUCAAUAGCAAUAAUAUGCCCAAAUGCAUAACUAAUUGUAAUUAAUAACCAAUUUAUAAUUUUCAGAUACUUUACAAAUUCCAGGAAUAAUGGACCCAAAAGAAAAACGCGAAACAUAAAAAAAGGAAAAAAUGAUUGCCCAUUACAUCCAAUUACAAAAUCAAAAAAUUGCAGAACAAGAAAACGAUUAAGAAUGCGAAUUAAUAGAAUAUCAACCUACCGGAGAAAAAGGCGAUAAUAUAUUUCAAAUAUGGGGAGACGAAACAUCGGGUAAUAUAAAUCCAAAAUUAAGAACAAAUAUAAUGAAUUGUUCGUAUUUUAGAAUUGAUUUAUUUAGUUUAAAAACAUAUCAUGAAGUAAUCGAAGAAAUCCAAAAAAAUGUCAAUCAUGCAGAACCCUGGGCUAGGGGAGCUACAGGAGUUCCUUCUUCGAUGUUUUGCUGUUUAUAUAAAUUUAUGUUAAUGAAACUUACAGUUAAAUAGGUAAGAGGUUUAGUUGAAUAUAAAUUUUCUCCUAUGGUAAGGGCUGCAGGUUUUUUAUAUAUUAGAUUUUGUUGUGAUCCCAAAUAUAUGUUUGCUUGGUUUAAAAAAUAUUUAUUAGAUGAUGAGGAUUUUAAACCUGGUGCUGAUAAAAAUUCACCAAGUAUGACUAUAGGAGAUUAUGUGGAAGGACUUUUAAAUAAUCAGGAAUAUUAUAAUACAAGAUUGCCUAGAAUUCCAACAAAAUAUGAGACAAAAUUAAAGGCCAAAUUAAUUAUUAAUUAAGAAAAAAGAAACAGAAAAAAAAGAAAUCUAGAUUCACUCGAUUAUUUUACUAAAGAAAGAAAAGUUAAAGCAAUUUCUAGAUAAGAUGAGGAAUGGCACGAAGGAAUCGUCGAAAAAGUUGAAGGAAAACUAAUUAUGGUUAGGUUUAUUCCUAAUAGAGAAAUGAAUUUCGAAGGAUGUAAUGAACUUGUAAAUUUAGGAGAAAUUGAACUAUUAGGCUAAAAUGAAUAUGAAGAUAAUAAGAAAAUUGAAAAUAAAAAAUAAUCUAAAAGUAAAAGUAAAAGUGUAAGGAAAUCUCAAUCAAGAAGUAGAUCUAAAAAAAGAAGCUCAAGCAAGAAGAGGAAACACAAAAAAUAAAAAAACACAAGUCAUUUGCAUAAGAGAAGUAAAAAAAUAUCCAAAAGAAGUCGCUCUUAUAAAAGAGAAAGAAGAAGUCGAUCAAAUUCAAACAAAAGAAUAAGAAAAUAAGAAACUAUGAGAGAGAGAGAACAAAGACUUGAAAAGUAAAUUAUUUAAGAAAAUGCAAAUAAAGCUGUUGCUUAUAGCAAAAGUGAUGUUGCGAGAAUACCUUAAAGUUAUAAAACUUCAUUAAGUGGAAAUCAUCCUAAAGGAUCUCUUAUAAAUAGAUUGCCUUCUCCUACUAAAAAAGAAGAGUUUGUGGAAACUAUUAUACCAAGUGUUAUUGAAAAUAGAUAAAAAAAAAAAGAAGAUGAUGCUAAAAAUAAACCUUAACCAAGCGAAAAGUAACUUUAAAACACAAGAUAAGUUAUGGAAAUUUACGGAGAUGCAUCUACAAAAGGGUAAAUUAUUACUUAUAAUAAGUAAGCUAGGGAUUAUGCAUGA